UCAACAACGCAUGUCUGUUGGUCUCGUUAUGGCGUCUUUGAGAUCUGGACACCCUUAAUGGCGAUUUAUCCACGCUAAAACAACAUUGAUUCGAGACCAAUUUAAUGUAUAUUUAAAAUGGCUUAGGUGGCAUAAGAAACAUGUAUCUACAUUGUUAAAGCACAUAGAAAAUACGAACAGAGCUCUAUACAACUCUAUGCUCAGUCCACUGCCAUUCCUUGUGGUUUGUGUUUUUCAGGCAGAUUAACCUGUUGGGACUGGAAGAGCUGAUACAGCGAAGUUUGUGGACGGAACAAUUUAUCCCUCGCCAUGGCCCCUGUUUCGGGGUCCCAGACAUUAAACAAUGAUGAUAAUGUGAAUUACUUGUUACAUUUUCGGAUGAUCAACGAGCAACAAGUGGAAGACAUCAGCAUCGACCUUUUCUAUAAGCCUCACACACUCACUCUGUUGACGUUCACUGUGGCUAGCUUGAUGUACUUCGUAUUUUCUAGGGAUGACGCCGACGCUGACAACAAUCUUCGAGUGGGUCUGCUCUUGGUUGUCUCCUUCUUCCUAGUCGUCAGCGUCUUGGCAUUCCCCAAUGGUCCAUUCAUUAGACCACAUCCGGCGAUUUGGCGCGUGGUGUUUGGUCUGAGCGUUCUGUACUUCCUGUUCCUGGUCUUCCUCAUCUUCCUAAACUGGGCCCAGGUGAAGAGACUCAUGUACUGGAUUGACCCCAAUCUGCGCUACGCUACCCGUGAGUCUGAUGUCAUGGAAUAUGCGGUGAAUUGUCACGUGAUCACCUGGGAGCGGAUCCUUAGCCACUGUGACAUAUUUGCGUUCGGCCAUUUUGCCGGCUGGGCCAUGAAGGCCAUGCUAAUCCGCAGCUACGGCCUGUGCUGGACCAUCAGCAUCACCUGGGAGCUCACAGAGCUGUUCUUCAUGCACCUGCUGCCUAACUUUGCCGAGUGCUGGUGGGACCAGUUGAUCCUGGACAUCCUGCUGUGUAACGGUGGAGGCAUCUGGUUGGGCAUGACAGUGUGUCGCUUCCUGGAGAUGCGCACCUACCAGUGGGCGAGCAUCAGGGACAUACAUACAACCUCGGGAAAGCUGAAGCGGGUUGUGCUCCAGUUCACCCCAGCCAGCUGGACGUACGUACGCUGGUUGGACCCAAAGUCGUCCUUCCAGAGGGUGGCUGGGAUCUACCUGUUCAUGAUCCUCUGGCAGGCGUCUCACGCUCUCAGCUGGUGCCGAAUCCUCCUCCUUGGAAUCAUCACAGCUCCCACUGUACGACAGUAUUAUGCCUAUCUGACCGAUACACAGUGCAAAAGAGUUGGGACCCAGUGUUGGAUGUUUGGGGCCAUAGCCUUCCUGGAGGCGCUGGCGUGCAUCAAGUUCGGUCAGGACGUGUUCUCCAAAACCCAAGCCCGGUCGGUGUUCCAGUGGCUUGUGUGUGUGGCCUUCAUCACACUCCUCUGUCUGUAUGGUAUGGUGAAGUAUGAGCAGAAGUAUGAGUUGAGGUUUAAGAGCUCCUCAGAGAGUGAUGAUGGCAACCUUAUGGACUUGUGUGACAACGUCACUGAGGACGCUACAGGUGAGAGGGACACUUGGACUAAUUCUGCCAAACCAUCUAAACGAAGGAGAGGCUCUGGAAGGACAAGAGCUGUCAAUGGACACGAGGAUUAGAAGCAGUGAGAGCCAAUGAGCCAAGUAGAAGGAAGUUAAAACUGUUAAUUGCAGAAAGAUUUAGCAUGAACUCAAUGUAAUCAGCUGAGCGGAAAGCUUUGCUCUACUUAGGGGACAACCAUUGGUGUCAUUCAGGUCUGUGUGUACAUCUGGGAACCUUUUAGUAAAAUCUAAAAGAAAUCAGUCCCCAGAAAUCUGAUUUCCUGCUUAGUGGUGAGGUUCCAGUUGGUGUUGGGGUUACUUUUAGGCUUUUAGGGCUGGGAAAUAGGGAACAUGUGUCUAGGUCAGGGUUAGGUUUCAGGACCUCAGAAGGAUAGAGAGACAGAGUGAGGUCCUUAUUCAUAGGGACAAUGUCCCGACAGAUAGUAAAACCUCGCAAGGUUGAAGGCAGGUCCCCACAAGGAAAAGGGCUAUUUCCAGCUAAAGGUUUAGGUUUAGGGUGAAUUUACCGCUGUGGUUAAUGUUAGGUUUAGGGAAUGUUUAGCCUUAACGGUUAGGUUAUUUAGGUGGGGGUUAGGGGAUAAUAGGGAAUAUAUUUGUUUCUUUACCCCACAAGGACAGAAAAACAAGUGUCUGUUUUUGUAAGUUUUACUGUUCCCCCUCUUAUGCUGUUGUGGUCAUAGCUAUGAUGACUCAAUGGAGUUUGUUUUAUGUCACUGAGAACCUAAAUUAUGUGAAGCUCAACCUGAACUGUUGAUAGGUCCAGUUUGCCACUUCAGCAUUAAGAGUUUGUUUCUGAAUAGACAUUUAUUUUUAUUUUUCAACUCCAUUGAGUUUGAGCUGUACAUUGAGUCACAGAGUUAAACAUUUUCUAUGAAGAUUUGAAGAUAUUUUAAGUUUAUUUUUAGAGUUGGUUUUCAUUGCAUUAUAAACAUUUUGAAAAUACUGUCCUCACAGGAUUAACACUAACUUAAUUUCUAUACGUUUCGGUUAUUAAAAUGAAGUUGGUCUGGGAACACUAACAUAAUUCCCAUUCUGUUAAGGUGUGAAAUAUAAUAUUAUUAACCUUUGUUUUUAUACAUUAAGAGUGCAAUGUUU